AUGGGCGACAUGGCAAACGAGAUCAAAUUGCUCUCGGGCAACAGCCAUCCGAGCUUGGCCAAGGCCGUAGCUGAUCGGCUCGGCAUUGAGAUCGCAAAGACCAUGUGCCUCAACUAUUCGAAUCAAGAGACAUCCGUCACCGUCGGCGAGUCGGUCCGAGACGAGGACGUCUUCAUCCUGCAAUCCACGGCCCCGAACAACAUCAACGACGGUCUGAUGGAGCUUCUCAUCAUGAUCCACGCCUGCCGCACCGCCAGCGCCCGCCGCAUUACCGCCGUCCUUCCCAACUUUCCCUACGCCAGACAAGACAAGAAGGAUAAGAGCAGAGCGCCCAUUUCCGCCAAACUCAUUGCCAACAUGCUGGUCACGGCCGGAUGCAACCACGUCAUCACCAUGGACCUGCACGCCAGCCAGAUCCAAGGCUUCUUCAACGUCCCUGUCGACAACCUGUACGCCGAGCCCAGCGUCUUGAGAUGGAUCAAGGAGAACCUGGGCAACGAGGACAUUGUCAUUGUCAGUCCCGAUGCCGGCGGUGCCAAGAGGGCCACCUCGAUAGCCGAUCGCCUCGACAAGGGCUUUGCUCUCAUCCACAAGGAGCGCCCCCGCCCCAACGUUGUCGGCCGCAUGGUGCUGGUGGGAGACGUCAGGGACAAGGUUGCCAUCUUGGUCGACGACAUGGCCGAUACUUGCGGCACCCUCGCCAAGGCCGCCCAGGUCCUCUCCGAGAAUGGCGCCGCCGAGGUUGUAGCCAUUGUCACCCACGGCAUCCUCAGCGGCGACGCCAUCAACAUUCUCAACAACAGCGUCCUCUCGCGGAUUGUCGUCACCAACACGGUGCCGCUGGGCGAAAAGGAGCAACAAUGCAAGAAGCUGAGAGUAAUUGACGUCUCGCCGACUCUAGCCGAGGCCAUCCGCAGAACGCACAAUGGCGAGAGUGUCAGUUUCCUGUUCACGCAUGCGCCUGUCUAG